UUAGAUUUAGGGUUUAGGGUUUAGUGUUGAUGUUUUAGGGUUUAGAUUUGAAUGUUUAGGGUUUAGGGUUUUGAGUUGAUGUUUCAGGGUUUAGGGUUGACGUUUCAUGGUUUAGGGUUUAGAGUUGAUGAUUUAAGUUUAGAGUUGAUGUUUUAAGUUUAGAUUAUUUAACCUUAUGUUGUUUUUUGUCAAAGUUAAUCAAAAUGUUUUAAAUGUCUUUUAGUCUUCAUUAAAGAUGAUGAUAAAAGUGGUUACUAUAAACAUGAAAAGUGAUAACUUGAAAAUGGUAUUUUUGGCAAUUUCUCUUGAAAUAACGGGUCCGACAUUGUUUCUUUUUUUGACAUGAGACGGCUAUUGUAUUAGUUAAACUUGAGGUGUAUAGGCAAUCAAACUAGAAUAGAACAUCCAACAAAAUAAAGUUUCUUAUGGAAAGAUCUUACAGUUCUAACUAGAGAAUCUGAAAUUGCAUUUUGUCAUCAAGGAAUGUAAGAGCAUCAUUAUCCAGGAUUUCUUAGGGCGGGGUUCUUACGGGAAUAUAAUAAACUGUUUCUUAAAUUAAAAAUUAAGAAACAGUUUAUUAUAUUCUCCUAAAAACUCUGCCCUAAGAAACCCUGAAUAAUGAUGCUAUAAGAUAUCUUGAAUUCUUGGAAUCACCUUUGAAGAGUCUUUAUUUCUUCUAGCUCUAUUGAGAAGUUUGGCAAUGCAUGAGGUUCUUUAAUCACAGCAUGUACGUUGCAGUCUAUUCCAAAAUUCUGGCAAAUUGAAUGACAUAACAUAUUUUUCAUUGCCCAAAUCAAUGCUUUCUAAUUCUGAAUGCAAAAUUGUCUCAUGUCGUCUUAUAUUUUGUUUCUCCGUUAAUUAGAUUUGUGGAGAGAUGUCUUUCAAAACUCAUCCGCAUCCACUGAACUUAGAGGUGGGAAGCUCAUGAUCCAUCUACCAAACAUAUGUCCUCCAUCAUGUGUGGCGUUACAAUGUCCUCUACCAUAUGCGUAUUUGUGUUCUCUUGAUAUGCUUUUUCUUCUGCAUAUGGUCUUUCUUCAGUAAAUUUACAUAUCGUUUAUUAUUCUCCAGAAAUUUUACCCCUGUCUAUGAUUGAUUCUCAAACCUUGUCGAAACUUCUCCGUGACAUACAUAAUAACUAUUCUUGAAUAUGCCUUGAAAAAAAUGGUGAUAUAUACCGUUCUUUCUUGCAUCAUGUUGCUUUCGGUUUUGACAUCGUGCACACGGACAUAACAAUGUUUACCUCUUUUAAAAGAAUUUUGAUUACAAGCAAAUGUAAUAAAUUCCUUACAACUUUUCAUAAACUCUUCUGAAACAAUUUGGAUCGAAUCAAUGUGUAGAUCCAUCCAUUCUAUAAAUCAAAAAUUAUAAGACUGUUUUCACUCGUUUUGUUGAAAGAACGUAUGCUAUCUUAAGUUGUAAAGAAAGUGAAACCAUUUGUAUUUAUUUAUAGUCAAAUCAUAGUCGCGUAUAUAUCUUUGUUUUUGCCAAAAUUGCAGAAACCUUUCAUCUUUUCGUUGCAGUCAAUAAUGUAGUUAUCGUGGAUUAUGGCAUAUUUUCCUUUUGUCUCUUUAACCCAUGUCUAGCUCAUUAAAUAUAAUCUCCCUGAUGGGAUAUGUUUCAUCUGAACUCGGUACGUACGAGAUCAACGCACAAAUUCAGUUGUGAAUUACUUUAAAGACAUUUAUUGAUAAAAGAUGACCAUAGAGAGAAAACGAUGAAACCGUAAAUAUAUGAUGAACUCGGCAAGAAAGCCAAUCAAACUUCUGCGGGAUUGUGAAUAUACUUACUUACGAAAAUCUUUGGGACCAGUUCGUGGCAGAAACAAAGAUAUAUACGGAACUAUGGUAUGUGCUUAAUUCAUUACGAAUUCAAUAUUUUAGUAAAUAGUGCUGUUCGUUUGGUUGACGCAGCUUCCUGCGGCUGCGUCUACGUCAAUCUUUUUCAUAAAGCUAGUUCGUUUGAUUGACGCGGAUAGCUGCGUCUGGACGCUGCGUCUAAACGUUUUGUCCGGCGUCGAUAAAAUUUGAACGCCAAUAAAAUCAGCGGCCAAGACUUAAACUCUGCGUUUAUAAACUAAUUUACCCUUGUGCCCUUACAAUAUUUCAAUAUUUAAAAAAUGACCUAAACCUAAUUUGACGCAUACGCAGCUCCAUCUCAUGGGAAGACGCAGCUCCAUCUCAUCUCGUUUCACGCAUCGACUCUAUCAUCUCCAUCUUCUCCGGCUCGAGCUCUCUCCUCUCCAUCUCCGACGCAGACCUCGAGAUUUCUCAUCUCCGACUCGAACCCUCCCUUCUCCGACUCGAGCCCUCUCUUCUCUGACGCAGACCACGAGCUCUCUCAUCUCCUCCGAUUUGGGUUUCAAGUAUUGUUGAGACAAGAAGAAGCUGUUUUUGUGUUUCAUGAGUUUUUGAGAAUGGGUUUUGGAUCUGAUGGGGAUCCAAGAGAAUGGGUUUGUUCUGUUGUAAUCUUUUGUGUCUUGAAUACUUUUUGUAAUAGACUGAUAGGAUUUGUGUUGUUUUUGUGUACAAUUAAGCUGAUUCUCUAGAUUAAGCAAAUGUCUUUGUUCAUUUUAUGUGUUGAUUUGUGUUGAUUUUGAUUCUGUUAUCAGUGUCUUGCUACUGUUUUUGAAGUUUAUGGGGACUGAAUAUUAAUGUUACUUGAAGUUCUGAAUCCAGAAUACUUGGUAUUCCUCGUAUAUAAUCUGAAGUUGAAGGUUCUAAGCUUUUGUUUUGUUCUGUUCUAGCUGAAGAGGUUGCCACUUGCUACUGAGUUAAGUGGAAAAGAGCUAUAAAUGAGACAUACUUUGUUGUUGAAGGUUUUUCAGAAGUUUGGCAUCGCUGUUAACACCAAACGCAGGCGUUUACAACUUGUGAACGAGCUUUGGACAUGACUCAGGUUGUGGAAAGUGCAGAUGUUUGGUCUGGCCUUCAUGCAUCAUUCCUUGUUGACAUCUCAGAAACCGUAUGGUUGGAGAAAAAGCAUGCCUACAGUUUUCUAACCAUCUUGUAGAAGUGUGUAUAUCUUCUUUUGUGUCUUUUCUUUUUCAUUUGUUUGUCUUUUGAUUUUGAAGAAGACAGCCAAACAUUGUGUAACUGAUGUAUUUUUCAGUCGAUAAAUUUUUGUACCCAUAAACAUGUAAACAUAAUCUCAAACUGGCACAUCUAAUGAAAUCUGUUCACCAAAGUUACAGUCAAAUAAAAAGAAAAGAGUUGCAGUCAAAAUUCUGUUAUGGAAAGCAUCAUUAGAUAAUAUUGAUGACUGAUUUGUAUAUAUAUGAGGAGAAUAUCCACUUAUAACUUUGAUAUAUUAUUUCUGUUUAAUUUAUUUAAAAUGUUUUAGUUAAUAACUUAGUUUUUCUUUGCUUAUAACUUAGAUUAUCAUUUCUACUUGAUAUUAAAAUAUUUGUUUUAUUAUUUAAGAUUUGAUGUAUUAUUUAACUUUUGUUUAAUGAUAAAUAUUUUGAAGUAUUAUUUUUAUUUUAACUUAGCUUAUAAUUUAUGAUUUUUUUUUUUUUGACAGCAAGAAAUUUACAGACUCAUCUUGACUCUGUAAAUUUACUGACUAAUGUUAUCAUAAAAUAUUAUAAUUUAUGAUAAAAAAAUAUUUUUAUAUUCGUAUAUUUGACCAAAAAUUUAUAUACCAAGUAAACAUAAUAUUUUAAUGGAUGUAAAUAUAUUUAAAUUAUAUUUUUUAUUUAAAAUACAAUUUUACAAAUUUUUUAAAAUAAAAUAUGAAAAAAUAAAAAUGGCCGUAGCGUCUAUCAAACGAACAACCCAAAAAUAUGUUUCCUGCGUCGGCGUCAGCUUCAACUUCCUACGUCUUCUAAACAAACAAUAAUCUGCGUCGGCGUCGGCGUCUACGAAACGAACAACAACUAUUUUCAUUGACGCUGACGCCGAAAACUGCGUCCACCAAACGAACAGUACUAAUGUUCUCAUUGUUUACCGUUCAAAUAAAUAAUUUUCUGUUGUCCCGUUUUGUGAGAUUACCAUUUAGUUAAUCUCAAGUUUUAUUUUAAUCUUUCAAUAAUUUGUUUUCUCUGGUUAUCAAGAAACGGUACACAUAAAUUACAAUUACUUAGAUGCAGUAAACUGAAAAUUAAUUUUAAUCUCAAGAUAACAAGAAGAAAACAGAGAUACAGACAAGCAAACUUUUUCACUAAAAUAUUUAAUUCGUAAUGAAUUAAGCACGUAACACAGACGUACCAAAAACUAACUGGAUUUGUUUUUUUUUUUAUUUGUUUAUCGUGAUGAGUCAUCUUCUGUUCAUGCAAACCAUUGGAACACACGCUCGUGGUUAAUGUAUUCAUUUCUUGGAUUGUUGAACUCUGAAGUAGGAAGAAUUUUCUGCCAAUCCCCACUCCAUUUUCGCCUUAUUGUAAUGUUUUAUCUACACAUAUAAAUGCACGCAACACUAAACAUCAAACCCACAUAAUAAUGUAUAUUGCUUAUAAAAUAACACAUGUAUAAUACUGUAGGUUAUCACUGAUUUUGGUGUACGUUCUUAAAUUAAUAAAUUAAUAAGAAUGGAGAUUGAGUAUCUCUACACGUUGUUGCUGACUUUUUUGUUUCUUAUAUUUUCCAAUUUUCAAAACCGAUCCCAACUUCUGAAAAUUUUCUCACCAGUUUUGUUUCAUCUCCGGUUACAACAAUGGCGCAGCAGCAACAACGCCCAAUCUCAAACCGUCCCAUUUCAUUUCUAAACCGCAACGGUCUUUUCCUCCUCCUUCUAGCUCUCUUGGUAUUCCUCGGCGUAUACUUACCAUUAUCAGAGUCUCCGUUAUUCAUGUUUCAGAACAGAACCUCUUCUUCUUCUCCUCCUUCUCCUUCUUUUGUGGUCUCUGACUGGCGCUAUUAUUCUCUUGCCCAAGCAGCCAAGUUUGUGGCCAAGAACGGGACAGUGAUCGUUUGUGCAGUUAGUUAUCCUUUCUUGCCUUUUCUUAAUAACUGGUUGAUUAGCAUUUCUAGACAGAAGCAUCAUGAAAAAGUUCUAGUGAUCGCUGAAGAUUACGCUCUUCUGUACAAAGUCAACGAGAAGUGGCCAGGUCAUGCCGUUCUCAUUCCUCCGGCAUUGGAUCCAAAAGCCGCACAUCAUUUUGGUUCCCAGGGUUUCUACAACCUUACUUCUCGAAGACCACAACAUCUCUUGGACAUUUUGGAGCUAGGUUACAAUGUUAUGUACAAUGAUGUUGAUAUGGUCUGGCUACAAGAUCCAUUUAAGUAUUUACAGGGAGGCCACGACGUAUACUUCAUGGAUGACAUGACAGCGAUUAAGCCUUUAAAUCACUCUCAUGGUUUACCAACGAGCCGGAACGGAGUGACUUAUGUAUGUAGCUGCAUGAUUUUCCUGCGUUGCACUAGUGGUGCAAAGCUUCUAUUGAAGAAAUGGGUUGAAGAAAUUCGAACUCAGCCUUGGUCUAACACCGAAGCAAAGAAACCACAUGAUCAACCUGCUUUUAAUCGGGCACUUCACAAAACAACUCAUCAGGUAGAUGUCUACUUGCUUCCACAAUCAGCUUUCCCGUCAGGAGGAUUGUACUUUAAGAACAAGAAAUGGGUUAAUGAGACGAAUGGGAAACAUGUGAUAGUUCACAAUAAUUAUAUUGUCGGCUACAACCAAAAGUUGAAACGCUUCCAAGAUUUUGGUUUAUGGCUAGUCGAUGAUUUUUCUCAUGAGUCUCCACUGGGAAAAUUAGAGUCAGUCCAAGAGCAGAAUACUGAAGAGAAGAAACAGAAGGAAAGAGAGAAAAAAACAAACAGAAAAAGGGGUCAAAAACACAACAUCCUCAUAUACAACAAAUAUUAGAUCUUAAAACUAUUGCAAGGGGAUGUAUUCAGAUACAGUUUUUUUUUUUUGCUAUUACAAUAAAUCAACACCACAAUAUCACAAGUAUCUAUAGAUAAUGACACUCUUGCAUUUUCAAGCUUUUGCAGGUUAACACAUUAGUCAAUAAAAAAAAAUGAAAACCAAUCAAAACAGUCUAUUUUAUACAAUUCAGCAUUUGGAGAAGACAAGUUAUCUUUAACAAAAUGACACUUCUAAAUUUCAAAGCAAAAACCAAUAAAUUCCACCUUUCCAACUUUAUCUCCAUGUUAGAGAUAUGUAUGUACCGGUACGAAUGUAAGCAUAUUUUGAUUUUCUGCUUUAGUGUAUUUAUUAUUUGAUUGGUUUUCAUUUUUUGUAACUAUCAACAGAGUGAAUGGGAGAAGUCCAGACAUCAGAGAAAAGAAUGUCUAGUGGACGAGAAGAUGAUAAGGUAGUAUUUGAAAAUGGAAGCUUGUGUGUUUUAUUACUGAAACAAGAGUUGCAGGGUGGAGAUAACAUAUAAAAGACUGGUAAAUGAAAACAAAAAAGCAUUUGAUUAAGUGUUUGAGAAUUCGGAUGGCCUACACGAGAAUGCCAACCCAAUUUGGAGGUUUUAAAACAAGAGAAAGUCAAAACAUUAUUGAAAGAAGAAGAUGAUUCAGUCGGCCAUUCAUAGACUCCUUUACUGGCCUGUCCGUUGAGCAGUGUUUCCCCCGUUCUGAGAUCUUUCACCUGAAAAUCAAAGGGACACAUUUGAACCAUGACAUUGUUAGUUUUACAUAGCUUGUUUACCGAAAUGAGAUUCUUCUUCAUCGAAGGAACACACAGCACAUUGUUUAAAACUAAGGAUCUAGAUGAAGAGGGAAGUUUAGUUGAACCAGUAUGAGUGAUCGGGAGUCCAGUGCCAUUCCCAAUCAUGACGUUGUCGCCUCCUUCAUAAGGUGUGUGGAGAGACAUGUUGCUGAGAUCUGAUGCAAUGUGAUGUGAGGCUCCAAGCCAAGGCAACAUAGACAUGUCAGAAGGACUUGCGGCAGUGUAGUGAGCUUGAGGAUUCCACUGAGGUGGUGGCAUAGGUGGAGGAGCAUGCCAUUGCGACGUUUGCAUUUGUGGUGCUCCUGGACGGUAUUGCAUGGUAGAUGCAGAGGAGUAGUGUGGGCAGCGUCUUGCGCUGUGUCCUUGAACACCACAGAUUUGGCAUUUACAAAGAUAGCCACGGCCUCUUCCUUGAUGGCCUCCACGGGUUGGUGUUGUUCCACGGUAUUGAGGUCUCUGGUUUUGCUGAAACGGACGACUCUGAGUUGCAUUUGCUGUUAUUUGAGCAGAGGAGUUAGUGGUCUCUUCUGUAGUUGCAAGAGAGUUUUCUCCGAUGAGAAGUUUUUCAUGGAGUUCUUCCAAGGUUAUGGGAAUGUCCCGUCCAUUCACCAUGUCAAUGAUUGCUUUGUAGUCGUCAGAGAGACCUUCAAUGAUGUAGUCAAGGAGAUCUUCAUGUUCAAGAAAAGCUCCCAACAGAGCCAGCUGAUCGGCUUUAACUAAGAUACCACGCAUGUAGUCAUUGAUCGUUUGUGUUCCUUUGCUGCUUCUUUUCAAGCUCUGUUUGAGUUGCUUGAUGUGUGCUCUUGAUGGCUUGCCAUAGGUAUUGUGAAGAAGAGUCCAUAUUUCACGAGUUGUUGUUGCUCGAGGAACAACUGGUUGAAUGUUGAGAGUCAGAGUUCCAAGGAUGGAACUAUAGAGAAGACGAUCUUGUUGUUUCCAUACUGUGAGCGCCGGAUUUGGUGUUGUAACUCUGUUUGCAUCUGUGACUGUCUCCGGAGGGGUUUGAUCCGUAUCGUCUACGAAUACAUGGAGUUCGUGUGCUUCAAGUAACGCUUUGACUUGAAGCCUCCAGGUUAUGAAGUUUGUUGAGAUAAGUUUGGUGAUCCAUUCAUAUUGAGCGAGAUGAGCGACGUUUUCGUAUCAGUAGGAUUGAAAACAAGAGCCAUUAUGGCUGAGGCAUUGUUUGUGUUUGCCAUGUGUAUCGAAAGAAGAAGAAAAAAAAUUUAGAGAUGGAUCGUGUGCUCUGAUACCAUGUAAGAUAGAUUUCAAAGUGUAUUCCAUUGAUAUAGGAUAACAACAAUAGGUACAGAUAAUUAUCUACCGUAAUUAUCUAAUAUAGGAUAUACAAUAACAUCUUCAUCCUUUCAUGCUUCUCUGCUCACUCUUUAUAAGAUUCACUUUCUCUUUUGGGUGCUCUAUAUGGACUUUUGAUGGUACCUACGGGAAUUUUUUUCUGUUUUAAUGUUUUGUUAUUAUAUUUGUUUUGUUCUAACCACAAACUGUUUUGCUAUAUUGUCUUUCUAUCGGACCAUCUCAAAUAAGUGAAAUUCUGUGUU